UCCUGAAGUAUUAGCGGUGAAAGCUAACUGAGUAUCGGGACGUGAUGGCGCUCGGAGACUGUUGGAAGCAGCUGUCCUGGUUUUAUUACCAGUACCUUCUGGUAACGGCGCUCUACAUGCUGGAGCCCUGGGAGAGGACGGUGUUCAACUCGCUGCUCAUCUCUGUGGCCGCCAUGGCCGUCUACACCGGCUACGUCUUCAUGCCGCAGCACAUCAUGGCCAUCCUGCACUACUUCGAGCUGGUCCAAUGAGGGCACCGAGACCCCGAUUCUCCUAGGACCGUCCCUGCUCCCUGUCCAUCAGCAGAACUUCCCUC